AUGUGUAUCAAAGAGUUAAUGUUUAAUAUCCAUUGGAUCCAGAUUGGUUCCCAGUUGGAGACGCAACUUCGAGAAGAAAACAUCGACGUCGUACAGUCGCUGUUCUUCAAGGCAAACGACAUCGACAAACAAAUGGCGAAACUCAAGGAAUCCGGGGCCAAAAUCAUCUUGCACCACUCCUCGGCUGACGGUAUAGAAAUGGUGGAAGUUUUCUGCCAGGCUUAUAAACACGGUCUGUACGGCAAGGACUACGUGUGGAUAUCAGCCAUACAAGAGGUUCGUAAUUACUGGUCGCACUCCAUGGAGCUGAGCGCCCUCAACUUUACCCGCUGUACCGUGGACGAGAUCGUUACCGCCAUGGAGUCUUCCUUCCAGACCUUCAGAAUGGAUGCAUUUGAGGCCUACGAGCUAGAGCAACAGUUCCAUAUGGCGAUUUCAGGACGGGACCCCCAUCGCAUUUGGCAAGAGAUGCAGGAGCAGUCAUGGGCCCAGUACCCCUACAUCAAGCCGCUCUACUUCCAAGUCGCUUAUGAUGCCGUGUGGGCCGCUGCCCUCGCUAUAAACGGCUCUCUGGACAGAAUUCCAAAGAGUGUGUUGGAAAAUUUCACCUAUGAAGAUCUGGAUUACGUCACAGAAAUUCUCAAUCAGGAACUGAUGAAGCUAGAGUUCUUCGGGGCAUCUGGUCCCGUAUCAUUUUCCAAAGAAGGGAACCGUCUCAGUGUCAUAGCGAUAGAACAGAUAUUUAAUGGCUCGGCAAAAGCUAUUGGUAUUUAUGAUCAGAAAACGCAAGACAUCACGUGGUCUGUGGCAGCCAAUCAGAUAUGGAGAGAGACAGGUGGAAAAGCUCCUCUGGCCGGAUACAGACAGGUGUACGAAUCACGUCUAAUCUCUGAGAUUAUACGGCUCACGUACUGCGUGGUGGCAGCGGUGGCCAUUGUAGGCGCCAUCUUGCUGAUCCUGUUCACUAUCUUCAAGUGGAAAACCAAACUUAUCCAGAAUUCUUGGCCAGUGAUGAACAUAACAAUCGCUAUUGGCUGUAUACUGAUUGAUAUCAGCAUCCUAUUGGCUGGAUUUGACGCUACGUCAACGAGUAACGCACAGAGCACGUGCCAGGGAUCCACGUGGUUGUUCAUCCUGGGCUUCACUCUAUGCUAUGGUACUAUGCUGGUGAAGAUGUGGGGUAUCUUCAGGUUUUAUAGGAAUAACGUAGAAUGGGGUAUUAAGGCUGAGCUUCGUCUGCUGACUGCUGUGGCCAUUAUGCUGUGUAUCGACCUCCUGCUGCUGCUUCUCUGGCAACUGACAGAUCCACUGCUUGUGUUUAGAGUUGAACUGGCGCCUGUGACCAAUGAAGCUGAGGGCCUGGUGGUCAUCCCAGUGCUGUUCCAGUGCACUUCAUACGGCACAAUGGGCUGGACCAUUGCAUUCUUCACAUUUAAAGGACUCAUGCUGCUGGUCUCUAUCUGCCUCAUAUGGCCAGCUUGGGUGAUGUCCAUUCGUAACAGCAUCGGUGACAGCAGCCAUAUUGGUCUGGCCAUGGUGUGUGUUGUCUUAGCGGCCAUAGUGGGCGUGCCCGUGUCCAUAUUAGUACAGGACCAGCCCACUGUGCGCUAUGGCGUCAUCGGCGGUUUUACUUUGAUCUGCACCAUUGCUAUCGUGCUGCUGAUUCUGGUACCAAAGUUGAUUGCCUACAGGAAGGGGGACAUGGAACCCACUUUGCUGUCUCCAAUGCGUCUCAUCAUUGACGAAUUCGUUGAGGAUCUGGACUCAGGCAAACAUAACGCCAGCAACGAGUCCCGCGGUCAGGACGGCGAGGUAGACGCCAGGGAGAUGAACGUGGCGCACAAUGUAGACCAGAACGAAAUUAAAAUUGAGAAUGGCCACCAUUCCAAUGGGUAUUUCUAG